AUGGGGAUUCAAACAUGCAGUGUUUUAAUAAUCGUAGCUAUAUUGACGAUGAUGUUUUCAGCACACAUUGCUCAAUCAAACAGUAUAACAAUGUGUGUGAAACAUUGUGCACAAAACGAGUGCUUGAAAGCGGCGAAAAAACCUACUCCUGAAAUUUGUGAUGAAGCUUGCAAGAAAAUCUGCAACAAUCAAUUAUUCGGUGAUGAAAAGUGGUUUGUUCCUGCUCCAAAAGGAAGCUCCCGAAUCUGUAGAUGGGCGCCUGAGUAUUGCCAAUUCUGAAUUAUGAAAAAUUCUAAUGAUUUGUUUUUUUCCAUGACAAUAACAUAAAAACAUAAAAAUAUGUAAGUACGUGAUCAAUUCAUUAUUCUUAUAAAAUAAUUUCUUCUUUU